AGGACAAACCACUGUAUCCGACUGAGGUCGUCUUCAUCUCCCUCUUAUCCUCCUGUCUUAUAGACAUCAGCAAUGGCGAAUCCAUUUAUUCUUCUUACGGUGUUUGUCGUGUUUGCUCAAUUGACCAAUGCACAGAAGGCUUCCUGCCCUAGUGGAUCUUCUAUAUGCUAUUGUCAAGUUGUUAACUCUGGAAUUGCUCUUAACUGCGACGCUUACUAUAGCAGUGCUGAAACCAUACGAGCAAAGCUGGAAUUCUACAAACCCUAUGGUCCUAUCUCGUUCCUCCAAGUAAACGGGAUCGGAGAUUACUUCAAUUACAUACCGGACGAUUUCCUCGCGGGAAAUCAAAUCCCGGAAGUUAAAUUUACUUGCAGCCACGGACACUCAACUACCGGAAACAUGCUAAUGCUCAGCUCGAGGGCAUUCACUGACAGCGCGGACGUGUGCGGUUUAACAGGCAAUGUCACCUUCGCAGACUGUAAUAUGCGCGAAUUCGAUGCAACUGGUUUAACGAACUGCGAUCAGUUGAGGAAAUUAGCCUUUAUGGACAGCCACGUCGAUAAAAUUAGAAACGUACCCACUCUCGACAGUUUGACCAAUUUCACGGUGUAUUCUCCAAGUUCGUGGAACUACGCAAGUCAAAAAGGACUCUCGCAGAUCACCUUAGCUCCAGGAGCCUCGCUCGCUAAUGUGACUUACUUGGACCUUACGGGCAACAGUCUACGAGACGAUUCGAUUGAAUUCGUCCCUCAGCUGCGUUUCCUCCAAGAAUUGCGUUUGGAAGGCAAUAAUUUUACAUCGGUAGUUGAUUUGACGCACGCCGUUGAUUUGCAUACCGUGUCGAUGACGCUGAAUUCAAGUGCGACCAACAUUUCCAUUUCGCUGCCGAAUCCGAGAUCGCAAUCACGACCUCUAUUUGCAAAAUUCUAUUCCGCCAGUUCGUCCAUGGUCUACGACGUGGCUCUUUUAGAAGGAUUUUUUAUUUAUGACACCAUCACUUUCUACUUUAAGAUGGACAAGUUCCAAGAAGAUGUUUUCCUUAGCCCGUUGCAGUCGAACGGUCUCACCAUUAACUUGAACUCAAACUCAAGGAUCACAUGUGGCUGCGAGAUUUCGUGGCUAAUUCGCGAUAAUCGCCCUCUUCUGGGCCGUGUUAACAAUGGCAUUUGCAUGGAUGGACGUUCUUUCGCCGAUAUUCCAUUGGAGGAAGUGUCUUGCUGCUCAACCGACUCGCUCCUACGGCAGAUCAGUUUCUUGAGAAAAGAAAACGAUGACCUAAAGGUCAAUCAAAAUGCCAGAUGCAGUCGAGAGGAAGCUCACCCUGCGCAGCUGUAUGGGCAUUCGGCGGAAGUGUCAAUAGUCUGAGCCUUUUCAUUCCGGCGCCAAUACCAAGAGAUUCCAUUACUAUUUUUUGUUGUUGAAAGAAUCAUACACAGU